CGCGCAUAUAAAACAAGAAUUCCGAAAUUUUGGAAUUUUGCCAUUUUUUUCUUUCACAAGCAGCCCACUCUCCCGCUGACAAAGUGAAAUUAAAUAUAUUAUUAAAUAGAACAAGAACACAAACAAACAUAGCAGCCCUGCAAUCCACAAUUUUUGAUGUUCCUCAGCCGUUUCACGUUCGUAUAAAUAAAGCUUGCGUCCUGUAUUUGAUACUAUUUGCAAUCUAACUUUGCAAGCUAAAGGUUCUAGUACGACCAUAUUUCAGUCGAAGAUAAUUUAAAGUUAUUUUUUUCCAAAAAUGUCCAAAUUGAUCGUGUGUUUUGCUCUGCUCUUGGCCGCCAUCUGCUGUUUGUCCCUCACACAGGCCGCUCCCGCGGAACAGCUGCUUGACUGGAAGACGGCGAUUGAGAAGAUCAUUUCUGCUUAUGAAAGCAAAUAUCCUGGACCAUCUAAGCGCUAUCCAAUUGAGGUCGCCCAUGUUAUUGACCCUAAAUACUACAGCCCCAAUUUGUAAAUUCAAUUGGUUUAGCUGUUGGACUGUUCGUAAUGAGUGUCCAUAGUUGUUGUAUGUAUGUGUUCGCACCUUAAGGCUUAAUGUACCUAAAAUAAU